UUGUUUAGCAGAAAUACAAUAACACAACAACAACAAUGGAAAUGGAUAAAGAGGAAGGAGAAAUGAGCGAUGAUGCUAUGCUAGAGGAUGACGAUAAUGAUUGUAUUCCAGAAGAAGACGUAAAGCCUACAUUGCUUUAUAAGGCAGAAAAGGAAGGAUUAAUCAUCACACAACUAGAAAAAAUUGACGCAAAGAAGUUAGAAGAGAGAGCAAAAAGAUUUGGGUUGAAUCUCUCAGGAAACAGAGUAGUAACACAAAAACAAAUUGAUGAGCUGUACCGUAAUUUUGGAAUUGAAAGUGGGAAUGAACGACAUUUUCGCUUUGAUGCACUACAUUUAAAUGGAGUUGCUGGACUUAAGGAAAAAGAUAUAUUUGAGUACCUUGCGGAUUAUAAACCAGUCAGCCUUGAAUGGAUUGAUGACAAUUCAUGUAACAUAGUUUGUCAAGAUCAUAUAUCAGCUGCAUUGGCAUUGUUAGUGCAUUCACGGGAAAUAAAAAAUGAAGAUUUAAAAGAUAUGCUCAAGAAAUCAUCACAUCACUGGAGGGAAGGUGUUCCAGACCCUAAAAAGGACCUGAUACUGAUGCGCUUUGCUACGAAUGGAGAUAAGAAAUUGCCAAAAAAGGUACCAGAAAGGAAAGCGCCAGAAGGGUAUUACGAUGAAAUUUUGGAUCCACCAACUAAAAACCCCUGGGGAGAUUUAUGUAAAUCUUGGGGUGUAUAUGACAAUCAGGAAGUUAUUCAGCGCAGAUUAUCCAAGAAUGAUUAUGAAGAUGAAAUAGAGGAACCUAUGCCAAAAGUACAAAUCAGAAAUAAGAGACUAGCCAUGCGCCUCGGCAAAAGACAUCAUAACAAUGUUGAAGAUCAGGAUGAAGACAGUGAUUCAGAUACUGAAUGGAAAAAGAAGUCUAAAGCCCCUAGAAUGAGAAUGCAUGCUGAUGACGAAGAAUCUAAGCAGAAUAAGAAAAGACAAGCCAUUGAACUGACUAAAGCUAUUGCCGAUAAAGAUGUUUAUGCUCCACUGUCCAUAGAAGUGGUAAAUUCUAGAAGUAAUUAUACACCAAGAGAAUCAGUACUGUUGUCAGAUAAAUUCAAGUACCACAAUAAAACAACUACAAAUAAAGCUAAAAACAAUGUCCAGUCAAGAUUGGGUGCAAAAAUUCUGCGUGACGAUGUACCAUCAUCAAGUGAUGAGUACUCAUACUCUUCUGAUGAAUCUGAUCACAACACAAUGAGUAGAGUUCAAAAAAUAUCUACUGCAAAGAGUUCCAGUGUAUGGUCAAGACUAGAUUCAAAGCCUACCACUACGAGUGAUCACAAUGAUUUGAGGCAGAUGCUAAAGUCUAAAAAGCAAUCUACCACUAAGACAGAUGAUUUAAGAGAUAGAAUUAGUAGAUACAAAAAAGCACCUUUAAGGAUUGAAAUAGACAAUAAAUAGGAAAUUAUCAUGUAGGUAAAUUGUUGGAAUGAUUAGCGAGAUCAUGGCCACGCGAAUACUGGCUCAGAUACCUGGAGAGGAUGAGGGAGCAGAGUUGUGCACUUCUCGAG